AUGAACACGAUCAGAUCCACCUGGAUGGGCUGGGGCUCCCUCUGUGUUGCCGGUGGCGGAGCAUACUACUUUGCGAAGCAAUCGAUCAACGCCGACCGACAAGCCCGAUUCGAAGCUGAACUCAAGCGCAAAGCCCAGAUGAAGCAGAUGGAAGAGGAGCACAAGCGACAAGCGCUUUUCACGCCCGACGACGCUAGCAAGCGAGUGAAUAUGGCACGAUUCCAACACACUUCCGAUGAUGUCGCGUCGCCUAGCGUCGAAGCUUCCCAUGACCCGGCGCCUACCCGUCACGAACCUAUGAAUGAGUCUGACCGUUUGCUGGAGAAGGGCAAAUAUGAGACUACGCAGCCGUACCGGCCUCCCAGCGGAAACCGAUUCAGCUGA